UACCAUUCAAGAUUUAUUUUUUUGCUGGAAUACUGAUAGUCUAGGGUGACUCGUCCGGCACCACAUUGGCAACGAUUUUGACAAACAUUAGUAAUAUCGCAUGAGUGUUUUCGGCGCAUCAAUUAUCUGCACUAUCGAUUUUUUUCCUUAACCGAAAACCUGAACGGCUAAGGACGGUUUCACAAUCCCAAGGGAGGGAAAAAUAGGAGAGAAAGAUAUUCUACAAAAUAGAAAACGAGACGAAUAUUGAGUUGGCCAAGCUGCAACCGCAUUUUACUAUUCAUCAUGGCUCUCCUUGAUGGACCCCCGCAAACCGUGGGAGGGCCGACCCUCUUCGGCAUGCCUAUGAAGCAGGUUUCCCUCAUUACGUUGACUUUCCAAAACUCAGCCUUAAUUCUACUUAUGCAUUAUUCGCGAAUGAUGCCCCCGAGCGGCGACCACCGAUAUUUCACCUCGACAGCCGUAUUCUUAACGGAAGUGAUUAAGCUAGCGAUCUCUCUGACCUUUGCCUUGUACGAAGUGUCAAGAAACCUUGCGCCCUCGACGCCCGCGACCGUCAUAUUCGAGCAGAUUUACAAUUCCGUCUUCUCGGGCGAUGGGUGGAAGAUCGCCAUCGCUGCGACGCUAUAUACUCUACAGAAUAUACUGCAGUAUGUCGCUGUGGGGAAUCUGGACCCGGUGCACUUCCAGAUCUUGUACCAGCUUAAGAUUCUCACAACUGCCGUCUUCACGGUCACUAUGCUUGGUCGGUCCCUGUCUGUGAAGCGCUGGGUUUCCCUGAUUAUCCUGACUAUUGGCGUUUCGGUCGUGUCUAUCCCGUCCUCAAAUUCGGAGGAGAGCUCGUUUAUGAUCCACGAUAUGACGGACCAUUUCUUCCCUCGCUCGGUGCACGAGUUAGGUCAGGUCGCAAAUGGCAUGGGCGAAGUUGCGAGGGAGCUGACCAAACGCGGUAUGGAAACCGCGGUUGAAGUUGGACAAGCGCUAGCCAAGCGAUCGGCAACGUACGAAGGGAUUGAGGAAGACCAAAAUAAUGCGCCCGUCAUGAACUAUUCUAUUGGAGUAUCGGCCGUGAUGGCCGUGGCAGUUAUUUCUGGCCUGACGGGGGUUUACUUCGAGAAGGUCCUGAAAGACACCGAAAACCCCGCUUCAGUCUGGACUCGCAACAUCCAGCUGUCUUUCUAUUCGCUGUUCCCGGCGCUACUAGGCAUUGUGUUCAAGGAUGGAGAAGAGAUCGCGAAGCACGGGGUUUUCGACGGAUACAACUGGAUCGUCUGGGCGUUGAUUAUUCUGCAAGCAUUCGGUGGUGUUCUUGCGUCGCUCUGCAUUAACUAUGCGGAUAACAUCGCCAAGAACUUCGCGACGAGCAUAAGCAUUAUCAUCGGUUUCCUCUUUAGCGUCUGGUUCUUCAAGGUCCAAGUGACAUUAGCGUUCUUGAUUGGUACGGUUUUUGUCUUGGUUUCAACCUUCCUCUAUACUGGCCCUGAUCGGAAGCGCGGCCGGCCGCCACCGAUCAACAUCGUCAACUACGAGAAGACGACGAUCGACCCGAUGAACACGCCAAGAUAUACCGACGACAAACUCAGCGUUCCCGAUCCGCUAGAACAUAUCAAGGGGAUGGGUCUCUCAACUUCGCGUCCCGCUUCGCCACUGCGACACCAUAACAGAGUGCCUUCGUCGCGGGGCAAGAAUCGGGAUGAAUGAAGCCACGAUGCAUAUUAGAUAAAGACUACGUGUAGCGAUCUUUGAACCCUGAAGAAACUUCGACCGCAUAAGUGCCGAGCCGAAAUUUCAGGAGCAAGUUCGCAUGAGUGUACUAGAGAUUCAAGA